AAAUUUGCGUGUCACGUUCUCAACGUGCCCUUCUACAUUAAGUCGUUCCGAAUUGCCCACGUAGUCAGGUUCUGCACGUAUCUCACUCUCCAUUAUGUCUGCCAAUAGUGCCAAUAGUGUUGAUCCUUCAGCAGCUAAAACCAAAUUACAAGGACUUGAACUGGCGGAACACCACUUUGGUCCCUUACUUCGCCCAACUCACGCCACGCAGAGCGCGUGGACCAAUUAUUCCAUCAACCGCCUCCAAACUAAUAAAAAGUACCGCAGCAUUGUAUCAGUAUCGCGCAAGGGCUCUGAGGGUGGCCCAGAAGAAAACUCUAUGGAGGUUGAGGAUGACUCCGAGGAAGAUUCAGGGGACGAUGACGAUGGCUCAGAGGAAGAUUCAGGGGACGAUGACGAUGAGUACGACGAGUACUCCGAUGAAGCUUGGCUUUUCGACAGCAUCAAGGCUUAUGUUUCCCAGAUUGAGGAGGAAAUGAACUUUGAGAACGGCAUCCUCCAGAAAUGCAUCACCAUUUUAUGGAAUGAAACGGUACUUGACGACGAGGACCCACGGUCCACUGAUCAUAUAGUCAGGAUCUACUCACCCACUGCGCCAGUGUACAUUGACGUCCAUUUUCAAUACUACUGUCGCUCGCGUUGGUCAGAGGUCGAAUGGUUCUACUCUGUUGGGUACAAGAUCCAACGUCGCCCUUCUGCGACGGCAGGCAAUGCAUUUACCAUCAAGAAUGAGCUCAAGACAGGCUCUCCUCCGGAUGUGCACACGCGCAAUGGGUGGCAGACCUUGUGCUGGGGUUACUAUGAUGACUCUGAUGGAAACUAUGGCAAAAAUUGGCGUCGCAUCGAAUGUGGACAAGUGGAAUUACACGAGGAAGGAGCUGUGGACGUUCAUGAGGUGUUAUUCGGAGAAUUGAAGAAACCUGCUGAAAGCGACUCAGAGGCCAUGCUCGCAUAUCAUCAAUCACUCGUAAGGGGCAUACGGAUGCUUCUCGCUGCUGUUGGUAUUUCGUAUCAGGUUGCGUGUACUGAUGAUGAAAGGGACAAGGGGCCGCAUGACUUGAUGCUUGAGGGGCUGGGCGACAAAUGGGUCGGGCGGGGGAUACGGAACGCAUGUGGCCUCCGACUCGCCAGAGAUGCAGAAGAAGAGCAGAAAGGUGCCCAGGGACGACAAGAAGGGUUAAAGGGUUACGGUGAGGACGAUGACGAUGACGAAGGGAGUUACGACGAUGAUUACAGCUUUUGAGGGUCAUGGACAAAUAAGUGAGAUCGAGGAUGAUGAUUUUUGAAGUCUACUGGCUCAGUGUUGGAAAGCAGUUAUAUUCCAAAUAAUAACGAGUGUACAAAUAAUUAAUCCUUGUGAUGAUACGUUUACAAUCUUCUUAUGAGCCUUGAAAUAUUUUUCAUGUUCAUCAACGUUCAGUACUCAGUAGCAGUGAGAUGAACACUAUCGCCAUUGUAUAC